UGGAGCAUGGAGUGCUUGGCAGCCUUGGGGCAUAUGCAGUGAAAGUUGUGGAAAAGGUACCCAGACGAGAAUGCGACUUUGCAAUAACCCACCACCAUCAUUUGGUGGAUCCUACUGCAAUGGAAUAGAAACCCAGGUGCAAGUGUGCAAUGAAAGACACUGCCCAGUUGAUGGCAAAUGGGCCCCUUGGGAAAGUUGGAGUGCCUGUACUGUGUCCUGUGGAGGAGGUGCCAGACAGAGAACAAGGGACUGCUCUGAGCCUGUUCCCCAGUAUGGAGGAAGAAGGUGUGAAGGGAGUGAUAUCCAGAGUGAUUUUUGCAAUAAUGACCCUUGUCCAACCCAUGGUAACUGGAGUCCUUGGAGUGGCUGGGGAACGUGCAGCCGCACGUGUAAUGGAGGGCAGAUGAGGCGAUACCGUACCUGCGAUAACCCUCGUCCUUCCAAUGGAGGAAGAGCUUGUGGGGGGCCAGACACCCAGAUCCAGAGGUGCAGCACUGACAUGUGUCCUGUGGAUGGAAGUUGGGGAAACUGGAAGAGUUGGAGCCAGUGUUCUGCCUCCUGUGGAGGAGGUGAAAAGACUCGGGAAAGGCUGUGUGACAAUCCAGUGCCAUCUAAAAGUGGUCGUUCCUGUCCAGGAGAUGCUACUCAGGUGUCCAGAUGCCACAUACAAGCAUGUCCAGGUGGGCCCCAGCGAGCCAGAGGAAGUGUUAUUGGAAAUAUUAAUGAUGUUGAAUUUGGAAUUGCUUUCCUUAAUGCCACAAUAACAGAUAGCCCUAACUCUGACACUAGAGCAAUACACGCCAGAAUUACCAAUGUGCCUCGCAGUCUGGGUCCAGCAAUGAGAAAGAUCAUUUCUAUUCUAAAUCCCAUUUAUUGGACAACAGCAAAAGAAACAGGAGAAGCAGUCAAUGGCUUUACCCUCACCAAUGCAGUCUUCAAAAGAGAGACACAAGUGGAAUUUGCAACUGGAGAAAUCUUGCGUAUGACUCACAUUGCCCGGGGCUUGGACUCCCAUGGUGCUUUGCUGCUCGAUGUCGUUGUGAGUGGCUAUGUCCUGCAGCUUCAGUCACCUGCUGACGUCAGCGUGAAGGAUUACACAGAGGACUACAUUCAGACAGGUCCUGGGCAGCUCUAUGCCUACUCAACCCGGCUCUUCACCAUCGAUGGCAUCAGUGUCCCAUACACGUGGAACCACACUGUUUUCUACGAUCAGGCACGGGGAAGAAUGCCUUUCUUGGUAGAAACACUUCACGCGUCCUCUGUGGAAUCGGACUAUAACCAGUUAGAAGAGACACUGGAUUUCAAAAUCCAUGCUUCAAUUUCCAAAGGAGAUCGUAGUAAUCAGUGCCCCUCUGGGUUUGCUUUAGAUGUCGUUGGACCCUUCUGUGCUGAUGAAGAUGAAUGUGUAGCAGGGAAUCCCUGCUCCCAUACCUGCCACAAUGCCAUGGGAACCUAUUAUUGCUCCUGUCCCAAAGGUCUCACCAUAGCUGCAGAUGGAAGAACUUGUCAAGAUAUUGACGAAUGUGCUUUGGGUGGACACACCUGCCACUCUGGUCAGGACUGUGACAACACCAUUGGAUCCUAUCGUUGUGUGGUCCGUUGUGGAAUUGGCUUUCGAAGAACUUCUGAUGGUCUGAGUUGUCAAGAUAUUAAUGAAUGUCAAGAGUCCAGUCCCUGUCACCAGCGCUGCUUCAAUGUCAUAGGCAGUUUCCACUGUGGAUGUGAACCUGGUUAUCAGCUGAAAGGCAGAAAAUGCAUGGAUGUGAACGAGUGUAGACAGAAUGUGUGCAGACCAGAUCAGCACUGUAAGAAUACCCGAGGUGGCUACAAGUGCAUUGAUCUUUGUCCAAAUGGAAUGACCAAGGCAGAAAAUGGAACCUGCAUUGACAUUGAUGAAUGUAAAGAUGGGACCCAUCAGUGCAGAUAUAACCAGAUAUGUGAGAAUACAAGAGGCAGCUAUCGCUGUGUGUGCCCUAGAGGUUUCCGGUCUCAAGGCAUUGGAAGACCCUGCAUGGAUAUUGAUGAAUGUCAAAACAGAGACACCUGCCAGCAUGAGUGUAAAAAUACCAUUGGAAGCUACCAGUGUAUCUGCCCACCUGGUUAUCAGGUCAUGCUCAACGGAAAGACAUGUCAAGAUAUUGAUGAGUGUCUGGAGCAGAACAUACGCUGUGGGUCGAAUCGCAUGUGUUUCAACAUGAGAGGAAGCUACCGGUGCAUCGACACGCCCUGUCCACCCAACUACCAACGGGACCCUGUGGCAGGGUUCUGCCUCAAGAGCUGUCCACCCAAUGAUCUGGAAUGUGCCUUGAGCCCAUAUGCCUUGGAGUAUAAGCUUGUCUCCCUCCCGUUUGGAAUAGCUGCCAAUCAAGAUUUAAUCCGGCUGGUUGCAUACACACAGGAUGGAGUGAUGCAUCGCAGGACAACUUUCCUCACGGAAGAUGAGGAACAGACUGUCCCUUUUGCCUUAAGGGAUGAAAACCUGAAAGGAGUGGUGUUCACUACUCGACCACUACGGGAGCCAGAGACCUACCGCAUGAGGGUGCGAGCUGUAUCCUACAGCGCCAACGGGACCGUGGAGUACCAGACCACGUUCAUAGUUUAUAUAGCUGUGUCUGCCUAUCCGUACUGAGCUGCUGCCCAGGACCUGCUCCCAUAUUUAAACCACAGUCAGGCAAAAAGUGUCCCAUCCGGGUUACUAUCGUGAACAGCUGCAGCAUUGGCAGUUUGAAAAUGCUGCUACAUGCUCUGUUUUCUGUGCCUUCCUCGGUACUGCUGAGGGAUUUUUAAGAUCCCACUCUGGUCAUUGUCUCUUAGGAAGGUCUAGAAGAGUCCCUUAUUAUUUUUGUUAUUUAUUACACUGGAGCAGUUACUUCCCAAAGAUUAUUCUGAACACCUAGCAAGGACAUAUCAGUGAUAUUUUAUAGUAGCAUAGUAGCUAAGAUUAUUUUCCUGAAAAAAAUAAAACAAAAAGCAACUAAUCCCCAGUACAACAGAGUUUUCAGCAUUUGACUGUUUUUAGAAUAAAAAAACCUAGUUGCUAUGUAUUUUGAUAAAAACGUAUAAGGUUUUCUUAGAUAUUGGUUCUUUAAAAUAGGAUUUUUAUGUCUUCUUUGGUUUUAAGGAGAAAAAAAAGAAAUACCACUCCUUUUAAAAAUGUACUACAGCUACUAGAAGGUUUGUUGGAUCCCAAAUGAUGGUCAUAUUGAUUUAACAUCCAAAGCAAGGAUAUUAUUUUCAGUGAUUUUGUGAAAUCAUCUGAAUCACUUAUGAUAAUACAAAAAAAUGACUUUGUCCUCAAAUGAUUGUCCAUGGCAUAGUUCUUUGUGCUAACAUUUUGAUAUAACCAUCUAUCCACUUAGCUCCAUAACUUUUAGAUAGCUUAUUUUUUAUUUUUCUGUCAAGUAAAACAAUUUUUAGAAAUAUCAAUAGGGCAGGUUUCUUUCUUUCUUUUUUUUUUUAAUCUCGUAUGUCCACAUUAACAUGUUAAACGUGCAUACACUGUACAUGGUGGUAACAGACUCUGUAAGCAAUUGACAAGAUGUAUUCUAUUUUUAUGAAGUGUAUAUACAUUAUCUUAGUGUGUAUUUUCUAUAUAAUAUCUUGAUGGUCUCUUUUAUAAAAUUAUUUUAUAAAAAAUAUUACAGUAAAAUCAGCCUAAAUAAA